GCCGCGGGUGGCCAUUGCCCGCCCCCGGCCCGGCCCGAGGCGGGGCGGGCGGGAGGAGCCCGGCGGCACCGCCUCCAGCCGCUGCCUUGCGCCGCCGCUUCGCAGCGCGACCCGAGCCGCUCCCGGGGACCCGCGAUCUUUGCAAUGAGUUACUCGGGAUAUCCCCCAGCAGCCCCGGGAUAUCCCCCAGCAGCCCCGGGAUAUCCCCCAGCAGCCCCAGGUGGCAGUCCUUGGGGUGGUGCUGCCUAUCCACCUUCCAAUCCACCUUCCAAUCCACCUCCAAUUGGUCUAGAAAAUGUGGCUGGCUAUGCCAAUCAAUUCAAUCCAAACUACAUGGCUGGAAUGGCAUCCAAUAUGGCAGGGACUUUUGGAGGGGCAAAUGUACCACAAGGCAUGUAUCCUCCAGCACCUGGGGGUUUUCCACCAGUCCCUCCAGGUGGCUUUGGACAACCUCCAUCAGGACAGCAACCCUCUUACGGGAUGUAUCCUCCACCUGGAGGAAAUCCACCAUCAGGAAUGCCACCUUACCCAGGAUAUCCAGGCGGCCCUGUGCCAGGUCAGCCCACACCACCACCUGGUCAGCAGCCUGUGGGCUAUCCGGGACAACAACCAGCAACUUACCCGGGGCAGCAGCCCAUGCCAAGUUACCCACCAGGCCAAGCUGUGAAUCCAUCAGUGCCCUCUUUUCCAGGACCUUCAGGACCUACAGUCUCUCCUGGAGCAUAUGGAAACCGAGGCACAAUCACCGAUGCACCAGGAUUUGACCCUCUGAGGGACGCCGAAGUCUUGAGGAAGGCCAUGAAGGGAUUUGGAACUGAUGAGCAAGCGAUUAUAGAUUGUCUUGGAAGUCGUUCAAACAAGCAACGGCAGCAGAUCAUCCUGUCCUUCAAAACAGCUUAUGGAAAGGAUUUGAUCAAGGAUCUCAAGUCCGAAUUAUCAGGUAACUUUGAGAGGACAAUCUUAGCAAUGAUGAAGACACCUGUCAUGUUUGAUGCUUAUGAAAUCAAGGAAGCUAUAAAGGGCGUUGGCACAGAUGAAAAUUGUCUCAUUGAAAUAUUAGCUUCUCGCAGUAAUGAGCAUAUUCAAGAACUCAACAGGGUCUACAAAGCAGAAUUUAAGAAAACUCUGGAGGAAGCAAUAAAAAGUGACACAUCUGGGCACUUCCAGAGACUUUUAAUUUCACUUUCUCAGGGAAACAGAGAUGAAAGUACAGCUGUUGACAUGUCUCUUGUCCAGAAAGAUGUGCAGGAGCUAUAUGCAGCCGGAGAGAACCGUCUAGGAACUGAUGAAUCCAAAUUCAAUGCCAUCCUAUGUGCAAGAAGCAGGGCCCACCUCAGAGCAGUUUUCAGCGAGUACCAGAGGAUGUGUAACCGGGACAUUGAAAAAAGCAUAUGUAGUGAAAUGUCUGGAGACCUGGAAAAGGGCAUGCUGGCAGUAGUUAAGUGCCUCAAGAACACACCAGCUUUUUUUGCAGAGAGGUUGCGGAAUGCUAUGAAGGGAGCAGGAACAAAAGAUAGAACUCUGAUUCGAAUCAUGGUGUCACGCAGUGAGGUUGACCUGCUGGACAUACGUGCAGAAUACAAGCGGAUGUAUGGCAAAUCCCUCUACACAGAUAUCACCGGUGAUACUUCAGGAGACUACCGGAAAAUCCUACUCAAGUUGUGCGGUGGAAAUGACUAAAUGGAACAUGGAGCUUUUAUUUUUUUUUUUUAAAAAAAAAAAAAAGCUGCUUUUUAGCUUCAAAGUAUCUUUUUUCCACCAAGUAGAUGUAAUAUGAGUUGUUUCUCUUAAAGCAAUUACAUUUUUAAAGAUAAUAUUGCAUCUCUCUUCUCUCCAAAUAAACAAUGGUAGGUAAUAAAUGCAAAAAAAAAAAAAAAAAAAAAAAAAAGCUUAUGUACCAUCUGCUCAGGAUUCUUUAUAGUACCCUCUACAAUUUCAAUUUAUGAGUGACAGGUUAUUUUUCUGCUUAUAUUAUUUUGCUGAAAUAAUGUGUUUGUUUUCUGGAACAAAAUUCACAGUUGUACGAUUUAAGGUUGUUUUAUUUUUGUAUAAACAUUAUGUGCCAUUUUAUUGCCAGUUAUAUUAUAUGCAGGGGUGGUUUUGUACUAACAGUGAUACAUGGAGAGAACAGCCUUCAGGUUUUUUGUCUAAGACUGUUGUACAGAUGUUUUGGUGAGUUCUGUUUUCUUGGCUUGAUUUUCUGUUUUUAAGGAAGACGUGUUCCACAUUUCAUUCUCACUAGAGCAACUGUCACAAGGAAGCAGCAAAAUUGACAAUAGUAAACGCUGUAGUUAAUGUUCGUAAGGUUUUGGAUUGUGCCUUAAAUAUAUGUAUCUAAAAAGAGAUUAUAAAAUUAAAGCUGUCUAUCUUCUAA